CUGUUACGCGAACGGUGAAGACAGUCGGUAACCCUUCAGCAUUCAAUUGGCAAUAGUAAUAAUUCAGCAUUGGCAAUUAAUGCAAACAAUUGAUUUGGACAAUAGUAUAUCAAUAGCAAUAAUAAUAGCGAUAACAAAAACAGCAACAAAUAGACAAAUACAUCGAUUGAUAUAAAAGUCAAAGCUAACUGUGAAUAUUGUGUAAUUGCUCCAACUAGAAGAUGAAUUUGAAAUAAGACAGCAGAACGUAGAAAAACAAAAACAACUGAGGAGAGAGCAACUUGUCAACAGUUGGGUUAAAAAAAAUAAAUUUAGAAAUCAUAUGAUUUUCUAGAAAGAAAGGAACGUACUCGAAUAAAUAAACAAAAACAGAAAACAGAAGCAGAGAAUAAUCGUUGGCCAAUAGAAAAUAACAAUAUUUAAAAAUUAGUUUAAUAAAAUUGACAUGUACACAGUAAACAAGGGACCUAGCAAAAUUGUUGCUAAAACGCGACGCGGUCUGCCGCAAAACUUUGAAAAGUUCGAGAGCAUUAAGGAGAGCGGCAAGAAACAUGGCAGCAUCAGCAACAACUUUGAUCUCAACAGUCCCGAGAAGAACAAGAACAUACCGCGUCCGGUAUUUCAACAAAGCUUCGCUUCGAAGCGCAUUGCGCCCACAAAGCUUAUUGAGGAUGAAGUGAUAACACCGCAACACGAGGAGAUAAUACGCUACAUAAAUGAUUCGUGGAACAUUCUGGUCGCACAAAACCCGUAUGAUUCCAGCACAGUGAAGCACGAUGGUAAGGCCGAUGCUAACAAUAAUACUGCUUCUACUUUGGCCACACCUAGUCCAGUGGAUAGCAUUAUAGCAAAUACACCUGUGUCGGCAUCGACAGCGCCGGCCGUUUGGGUAGAGCCGCCAAGCCCAGCCCUAAACGAUUUCAAGCCAUUCGAUUUGGAGUCUUGGUGGGGACGUCGCUUGUUCCAAAAUAUUACCAAAAGCCUAUAGACUGACGAUUGGCCGCUGAGUUACGUUAAUUUAGUAGUCGGUGCUUCCGUUUCUAUUAUUUUUACAUCUAAUUUCGACUGCAAAUCAAAUUCAUAUUAGAUUUAAAUAGCAAAUAAGUGGUAAUUUUUGCAAUUCUAGAUUAACCGUUUGAAACGGUAAUUCGAUGAGUGCCGCAGUUUUUGUUUUUCCCCUUAAGUAUAUAAUUAUAAAUUUAAAAAUCGUAUCAGUCGUUGGCCGUGUAAAUAAUGCGAUACAAAAGUCAUUGUAUGAUUCUUUCAUAUAUAAACUAAGAUUGAUUUUUUAAGUUUUUGUUAUACAACAAACAUAGGUACAUACACAUAUAUAUGCAUAAGAGAUAAACAGUUAAUAGUCUUCUCUGGUCAUUAAACAGCUUUCAAUUUAAAAGUCUACAGCAUGUUCAACGAAAAGCUUUUAGAAUUAUUCAAUUUCUAUACGUUGAGCUCACACCUGACACUUGCCGAGCAAAAUAUGUUUUAAUUGUAGGUAUAUAAAUAAUAUGAAUACCAUUUAAAUGUUAAAUAUACAUAUAUCACACUAGUUACUA